UGCCCCUUACCCUUCUCUCAGGCUCUCUCUCUCUCACACACAAUUUUCUCUCGCACGACCAAAAAAAAACCGUAUCUACCACUCAACGGCAACGACAGCACCCACCAACCAAUAAGUCCGUGAAUCGGCAAAGUGGAUUACAGUAACACAUUGAGGUUGGAGCUCCUCCUCAUCAGAAACCCUCAUCUCUUCAAGACUGACUACUGAGUGAGUGGUUGAUCAAUGGCAUCACAAUCAGAUCACAAGGCUGCGAUAAUCGAUGGCAAAGCCAUAGCGCAGACCAUCCGAAACGAAAUUGCUGAGGAAGUCCGCCAUCUCUCCCAGAAAUAUGGCAAGGUUCCGGGGCUGGCAGUAGUGAUAGUAGGGAACAGAAAGGACUCCCAAAGCUAUGUGAGCAUGAAGCGAAAGGCAUGUGCUGAAGUUGGCAUUAUAUCCUUGGACAUUGACCUCCCUGAGGAUGUGUCCCAAGUUGACCUCAUUGCCAAAGUUCAUGAAUUAAACGCCAAUCCCGAUGUACAUGGUAUACUAGUUCAGCUUCCGUUGCCAAAGCAUAUAAAUGAGGAGAAGGUGUUGAGUGAAAUCAGCAUUGAGAAGGAUGUCGAUGGCUUUCAUCCUCUCAACAUUGGCAAGCUUGCAAUGAAAGGCAGGGAACCUUUAUUCCUUCCAUGCACUCCCAAGGGCUGUCUGGAACUUCUGUCACGGAGUGGCAUAAGCAUAAAGGGAAAGAAGGCAGUGGUGGUGGGCAGAAGUAACAUAGUUGGAUUGCCGGUUUCGUUGCUGCUUUUGAAAGCAGAUGCUACAGUUACCGUUGUCCAUUCUCAUUCUCAUGAUCCAGAGAGUAUCAUUCGUGAAGCGGACAUUAUUAUUGCUGCAGCAGGGCAGGCAAUGAUGAUCAAGGGUGGUUGGAUAAAACCAGGUGCUGCAGUCAUCGAUGUCGGCACAAAUGCAAUAGACGACUCGAGUAGAAAGUCAGGCUAUAGAUUGGUGGGAGAUGUUGAUUUCCAGGAAGCAUGUAAGGUUGCUGGAUGGGUAACUCCUGUGCCUGGAGGCGUCGGCCCAAUGACUGUUGCAAUGUUACUCAAGAACACUUUGGAUGGUGCUAAGCGUGUUAUUGCACAAUAAAACCAGUGCUAAGCGUGCCCAAAUAAUUCUAGUGGGCCUAAUUUAGAAUUUUGAUUUUGAAGAUUUACUUUAGAGACUUUUUUAUAUUUAUUUUUGUGUUAAAAGGUCUUCGGAAUUUCACUCCCAGUUUCAACCUAUCUUGUGUUUGGUUCAUGCAUA